AUGGCAGACCUUUUGAGGAAAUUUCCAAUCAGUACUCCAGAUGUUGACAAACUCCGCAUCCUGGUCCACGGUCCAGUGGGAGCAGGGAAGUCCAGCUUCAUCAACUCCAUCGACUCCGUCUUCCAGGGGCGCAUGGCCAGUAUGGCCAUAGCAGACGCAGCGACUGAUCGCAGUUUCACCAAGACGUUCCAAACGCACUACAUUAAAAAUCAGAAGUAUGGAACCUCCCUGCCCUUUGCCCUGUGUGACAUCAUGGGUCUGGAAGCUGUGAAUUCCGAAGGGGUGAAAACUGAGGACCUCAUCAAAGUGUUGCAGGGUCACAUUGAAAAUGGCUUUAUGUUUAAUCCUACCAGCCCAGCUUCAGAGAAGGACCCUGGAUACAAAAGCAGUCCCACGUUGAAAGACAGAAUCCACUGCCUGGUCAGUGUCAUCCCAGCCAAUUCCAUCUCCAUGAUGGACGAUGGCGUCAUUGAGAAGAUGAAGCAUGUCAGGGCCAAAGCUGGUCUUCAGGGUAUUCCUCAGGUGGUGGUCCUGACUAAAGUGGAUGAGACAUGUCCCACAGUAAAAAAGGACAUUAAACUUGUCUACAGGAGCAAGAAGAUCAGAGAGAAGAUGGAGGUGUGUAGCAACAGACUCGGAGUUCCCAUGAACUGCAUCUUCCCAGUGAAGUGCUACCAUGAGGAGAUUGAUCUGAAUGAUGAAGUGGACGUGCUGCUGCUCUCUGCUCUGACCUUCAUCCUCAACUUCGCCAACGACCACGUGGAAGUGAUGGCGUCCUCUCCGCCCCCUGCUGUUAACGUGAGGGGUGGCAGCAGCCCCCAAUAUGCAGUGAUAGCGCCCCAUGUCCGUGACCACCCCAAACAUCAGGUGGCAGAGAAGGCACCCCCUCCUAAAGGUGCCCACCCCAAACAUCUCGUGGUAGAGAAGGCACCCCCUCCUAAAGGUGCCCACCCCAAACAUCUCGUGGUAGAGAAGACACCCCCUCCUUCUGGUGCCCACCCCAAACACCAGGUGGCAGAGAAGGUACUUCUUCUUGCUGGUGCCCACCGCAAACAUCACGUGGCAGAUGAUGUCAGAGGUCACUUGAAGGAGCGAGCCCCCCAUGGCUACGUCGAAGAUGAAUAUGAAGUCGACCUCUACAAUGACACCUCUCCACCUCCUUCUCCACCUCCUCCUCCACCUCCGUCUCCACCACCUGUGUCUCCCUCAUCACCCUCUCCUGUUUCUACACCUCCUGGUCCGAGUCGUCCUCGUCCUCCUGUUCUUCCUCGUCCUCCUUCCCUUGAGAAAAAAGUCGUCUUUGAAGAGAAGCAUCGUCCUUUCAAAUAUUUUUAA